AUGACAAGACCUCGAAUCAUCCGAGCUGACACGCUCGACCUUCAAGAUCACCAUGCUCCCUCGGCUAAAGAUCAUUCGAAGCAUAACUUCAAUACAGGCAGCGGCCUUGCACCCCAUCAGGAACAUACCCUUCGCCAUGCGGAUCAAGACACAAGAAAUGAGAUGAUACACGGCCCCAAUUUGGACGAGAGCCACCUGAACGCUGACCAUUACCAUGAUGGAAUGGAUAUUCAUGACGAUAUGGACGUUGCGGAUGCAGGAUUAGGCCAUCAUAGACGAGGCCAUGGUUCAGAAGAAGGCGACCUCGCAGACGAAGAAAGUGACGAUCUGUUGGAUGAUGAUUUGAUGGACAAAAUCUCAAGUUCGCCGUCAAUUGACGAUGAAGAUAUUGAUUUCGAAUUCGUCUACGCUCUUCACAACUUUGUCGCCACGGUUGAUGGACAAGCCAACGCAGCAAAAGGAGAUACAAUGGUCCUUCUCGACGAUAGCAACAGCUACUGGUGGCUCGUUCGAAUCGUCAAGGAUGGCAGCAUCGGGUAUCUGCCGGCUGAGCAUAUAGAAACCCCCACAGAAAGACUUGCAAGGCUGAACAAGCAUCGAAAUGUUGAUUUGUCAGCAACGAUGCUGGGUGACAAUUCGGAGAAAUCCAAAAAUCCGUUAAAGAAAGCAAUGCGCCGCAGGAAUGCAAAAAACGUCACCUUCACCGCUCCGACCUAUAUUGAAGCGUCCGAUAUUGAUUGGUCGACCGAGGAUGAAAUCGACGAUGGAGACUCUCUUAUCGACGGCGGAGAGAUCAUACGCGAUGGCGAUGACCUGCAGGAUGAUCACAAUGAUGAUAUCGUCGUCGAGCCGCUCAGACCGAAGUCAAAUCGCGACAAGCUCAAUGAUGAGUCGGAAAACGUGGAAGAAACUGAGCAGUCUGGCUCUACGAGCCCCGACAAGCAACGCUCCAGCCAGGAGUUGUUUGAGACAGCAAGUGAACCUACUGUCAGCAGAUCUCGGAAUGGUACUGUGAGGAACACGGAUUCGUUCUUCAAAGACGACACUGUUGAGACGAAGAAGAUAUCUCUGACGCCGAAUUUGCUUCGUGACGAAGUGAGUAGUGGCGGGCUCUCGAGCGAGACAAAGGAGGGCCGCGGAAGCUUUGACAACAUUGACAAAGCAUUGGGUGCAAACGACAAAGGCAAGGAUGACAAGAAGAGAAAGGACAAGAAGCCAGGGAUGCUGAGUGGGCUAUUCAAGCGGAAGGAUAAAAGAAGCAAAUCUACUGAAGAUGAAUCUGAGGAGCCAGAAAAGGUCUCAGGCGAAUUAUCCCGAACGUCGCCCAUACCUAAGACGUCCUCUGAGUCCGUGUCGUCCCCUGAGUCACGGCCAGCGAAGGGGAACGCGGCACAAAAGCAGACAACUAAGUCCCAGAAGCAGACUCUGCCUGCAACCUCGCCCGCCAAGCAAGCGGUUCAGCAUGGCAAUGCGCCUGUUGCCAUCGAAAGUGGUGAAAAGGCGCUUACAAAGGCAAAACAAAAGACUGAUACAAUCCGACAAGUGGUUUCUGAGGACGACGACAUUCUUCCUCAGCCCACACGGUCAAUGGCUUCUGAGGACGCGGGAGACAGUGCACUGACUCCUGUUGACUCGAUAGAUACCUCCACGAAGCGGGAUCCUGAGGAGGUAAUCGCAAGGGAUGCUACGAUCGAUCGCGUUGAGUUCCAACAUGAAGAAAGACAAAGUCCUUACGAUCGGAUGGUUGCACUCCACCCCUCUGUGACAUCUCAGCCGCAGAGAUCUCCGCAGAAACAGGAGAACUCAUCUCAUGACCGAAGAGCAGAGUCGCCUGCGAGUGUGUCACCAGUCGAGGCCAGUGCACCACCUGGCCUUCAAACGGAUUUGUCUUCUCCAAAGGAUUAUUCUGUCUCCCCAAUCUCGCCACCGAUUUCCCCGGCCGAAGACGCCAGCGAGAGCAAGGGCAUUGAUACAGUCGUCUCUCCAACGGAACGACUUUCUGCGGAAACCCCGACUUGGAGCGACGCUAGUCUGCGGUCGUACUUGGACGAUGAGAACGACAUCCGCGAUUUGUACAUUAUUGUGCACGAUAGUUCGAACAUCCCUCCUGCUGGUCCUGAGCAUCCAAUCACGGGCAGCCUUUUCAAAGAGGAAAGCAGGAGAUUGAAGGAAAUGAGCAGCCAGUUGGACAUGAUGCUAGCUGACUGGGUCGGUCGACGCUUGCGAAAUGCAACUGCCACGAAGACAGUAAGCGUUACAGCGUUGUGA